AUGACCACCAAAGCGGUGCACUUGGAACCAGUAUCGGCCCUUUCGACCGAAGCCUUCCGAUUAACGUUAGAUAGAUUCGUGGCUCGUCGUGGUCUGCCGUCGUCGAUUUAUUCGGAUUGUGGUACCAAUUUUGUCGGUGCAGCGAGGCAGCUGCGUCAAUUAGUCAAUCAUCCGGAUAAUAGGGAUCAGUUAUCUGGUCAUAUUGCUUGCGAAUGGCAUUUUAAUCCUCCUGGUGCUCCCCAUUUUGGAGGAAUUUGGGAAGCCGCCGUGAAAUCGGCUAAGUCAUUGCUUCUUCGAGCCAUGAAUUCCCAAGUUUGGACGUUAGAGGAGUUCACAACGGUGUUGUGUCGGGUAGAGGCUGCCUUGAAUUCGCGUCCUCUAGUACCAGCAUCAUCUGAUCCAAAUGACUUGGAAUGCUUAACACCCGGUCAUUUUUUGGUUGGUUAUCCUCUGAUUUCGAUUCCAGAUCCUAUGAGUACCAGUGCACAAACUGGACUGCAGACUCGCUGGAAGCUCCUCCAGCAGUCUUUCCAGUUCUUUUGGUGA